AGUAGCAAGGAACCACUUCAACAUGGGCCGAUGAUACAGAUAUGAGUAAUGGCCACCGGUAAGACCACAUGGAGAUUUAGAGCGGCGAAACACCCAAUAGUACAGUAACGUUUAGCCCUGGAAGUGGCCUGAGUAGGUUACCAUCAAGUUCACAGGCAAGUAGAAAGGGUAGUGGAGGAUACGCAUUCAUACAGUGUACAGACACUGUUAUCGUCGACCAUCUGUCAACAGGAAGGCGCGCUAACGAUUCUUUGUUCAGGACGCGGGUGACACAUCAUGGAUGGUUUGGCACAGAAUGGAGAAAGGUGGUUGACGGCAGAGGAAAUCAGUGACAUUUGGCCACGCAUUCGCCUCCACGCCGCCCAAGAGUUUGUCGAAAAAUACCAGGCGUAUAAAAAUGAAGCAAAGAAGGGUCUUCUAUGGGGUGAUGAGACCGAAUAUAUCCUAUUGCAUUUUGACCACGAGAAGAAAACUGUAAAAGUUGCCAUUAAAGCUGUUGAGUUGGUGGCCACGUUGAAGAAAUCGGAGGAAAAAAGUCAAUGGCAAGACGCUUGGCAGCGGGAAUACUCAAGCUAUAUGGUAGAGUCAGUGCCUUUCAAGCCAUAUGCAGGAGACAUAGAGUCCAUAAAAUCAGUAGAAAGAAGCAUGGCCCAACGGAGGCAAUUGAUUCAACAGGCAUUCAACUCGGAAAACAGCUCUGUUAUUUCUAUUGGAACAUUUCCGAGAACCGGAUGUAGAGGUUUCACCUGGCCUUUGCAUGCGCCAACUCCCACUUCCGGUAUAACACAAUCUCUGUUUUUCCCAGAUGCGGCAAUUACAGGGGGAAGAUAUAAUGCAAUGGCAUUUAACAACAGGCUAAACAGAAGAGGGCGUCACACGGACCAUAUACCGAUAUUUAAAGACGUUCACACUAUGGAUCCAUUUGAAGAAAACCUCUCAAAGUUCGGCGACAAAGGCAAAGCGCAGGAAGAGGCACAGAAGGAUACAAUCUAUAUAGACAAUGGGAUCAGUUUCUUUGGCGCUAGUUGUUCAUUGCAACUGACCCUGCAAGCACGUGACUUAGAUGAAGCCAGGGCUGUACAUGAUCAGCUGACAGCUCUUUGCCCAGUGCUUAUGGCGCUUAGUGCAGCAACGCCCAUUCACAGAGGCUACUUGUCAGACGUUGAUUGCCGCUGGCCAAUUUUUGUUCAAUACACCGAUGAGAAAACGCAAGAGCAUUUGUGGCAGAAUAGAAGAACUGGCACCAACAGGACGACAAAAUCUCGUAUCGACUCCGUGAGUUGCUAUGCACAACCUUGUAACUCCUGCUAUAACGACGGCCCGAUGUUCAUGGAUGACGAGAUCUUUGGGACACUUCUGAAACACGGGGUGGAUGACGCCAUGUCUCGUUACGUCACGAACCUGUUCUCGCGAGAUCCUUUGGGAUUAUCUGACCGCCACGUGCAGCAAUGUGGAGACAAACGAUUCGACUCUCUAAGUCUUUAUACGAUCGUACAAGCAAAUAAUUACCCGUCUGUUCGGUUAAAGAUUCCAUCGACGUCAGCCGGCUGGUGUUUGGAGUUCAGACCAUUGGACGUACAACUGACAGAUUUUGAAAACGCAGCAUUUGCUGUAUUUGUGGUUUUUUUGACUCGUGCCCUUCUGAAGUAUAAUAUCAACCUUGCUAUACCCAUCUCAAAGGUCGAUGAAAACAUGGGAAGAGCUUCAAAAAGAGACGCAGUGAGAUCGAGCAAGUUUUACUUUAGAGACGAUAUAUUUACAAAUAAAGAGCCAUUGAAAAUCCCAAACGGAAUACACCAAACCAACGGCUAUGAAUUGAAUCAUAACAUGUUUUCUCUGAUGACAGCUGAUGAAAUUUUCAAUGGAAAGUCCAAAGUUUUCCCAGGAUUAAUCCAAUUGGUUAACAGAUACUUAGACGAUCACGACAAGAUUCAUAUUGAAACUAGAGCGACUGCAGCGCGAUACCUGGCCUUCAUUGGGAAAAGAGCGUCAGGAGAAACGCCCACCACCGCCAGAUGGAUUCGAGACUUUGUGACGUCACAUCCGGACUACAAGAAGGACUCCGUAGUCACUGAACGCAUCAAUUACGACCUGAUGUGUAAAUGUCAAGAGAUCUCUAACACGAAUAUGGAGCACAUGUUUUGAAAUCAGAAGCAUUUUUUAUUUUUUGCUCUUAUCAAACAUCUGAUUGGCCAUAUAUAUUUUUUUUAUUCAGAUAAGAUCUCCAAUGUAAACGAAUAACGCCUUUGAGGGCAAUAUUUUAGCACCGGUGCAUGUGGAUUAAAUACAUGUAUGUCUAGGGUGGAUAGUAAUAACAUGUGGUACCGUAACUCUGCACAUGAUCCACGUAUAGUUGACCGUCCUUCUACCCGUGUCAAACCAGCAGCUCUCCUGCUCGGUAAAGAUCCCCAAGUGAAGGCAACAUAUUGACAAACAUGUAACUGUAUAUUUUUUCGAACAUAUCGCUUAUAUAACAGCGUUUAUUUAUUGUAUGGAUGAACAAUAGCGUAUAGAGAAGCAUGUGUCGCCGAGCACUACCUCAAUGUUUUAUUAUAUAAAUUACAUACUAAAAACACAAGGCUUGGAAACCGAACCGUCAAUAUAGUGUGCGGAUGCCAGUUUUCCCA